AUGCCAUUUUCUCGACUUAUUUGUUUAUUUAUUAUUUUAACAAUUCAUAUUCAAUGGAUCUAUGCCUUAAACACAGCAGAAACAAAUUCACAUCAUCAUCAUGCACAACAAGAAAAUCGUUUAGCAAUAUUUUCAAUAAAAUUUUUAGAAUUUCAUAAUCAUGCACAUCGACGUAUUGAUGGUAGUUGUUGUGGUCGAUCGAAACAAUCACUUUCAUCAAGACCACCAGUGAAUGAAAUUUUUACUGAUUUAUGUAAAGAUGAAUGUGCAUUGGAAUUUCGUAUUUGUAUUGAACCGUAUACACUAAGUAGUAUAUCAUUGUUGAAUAGUACAAAUAUUUAUCAUGGUCCAUGUAUGUAUGGAGAAAUAUACACUGGUCAUUGGGGUAAUACAGAUAUUACAUAUGGAUUAUUAGAAGCUAAUAUACAUUCAAUUGGAAUUAUACAUCCAUGGCCACGUUUAUUCACCGUCAUCUUAGAAGCCUAUGAUUUGAUUAGUUCAAAUGAAAAGUAUUUAAUUGAUCGUGCUAUACAUCGUGGUUUACUACGUCCAUUAAUCAAUUCCUCCUCCUCCACCACUAGCUCCUCGUCUACCAAACCAAUUAAUUUGUCAACCAAUUGGCAUCAAGUCACUAUCACUACACAAUAUUCUGGUUAUACAUUUGGUUUACAAUUAAUAUGUGAACAAAAUCACUAUGGGAAUGAUUGUACAAAAUUAUGUCAAAUCAAUAAUAAUAUAACUACAUUUAAAUGUGAUCUCAAUGGUAAUAAAAUAUGUGAACCUGGUUGGAGUGGUAUUGAAUGUAAUAAAGCAAUAUGUACUAUUGGUUGUCAUCCAGUUCAUGGAACUUGUUCAAGACCAGGAGAAUGUGAUUGUUCAACUGGUUGGCAAGGACCUUUAUGUGAUGAAUGUAUUAAAUAUCCAGGAUGUAAAUAUGGUACAUGUCAUGAUGCACCGUUUACAUGCCGUUGUCUACCUAAUUGGGGUGGACCUUUUUGUGAUCAAGAUUUGGAUUAUUGUGGACGUCAUCAACCAUGUUUAAAUAAUGGAAUAUGUAAAAAUUUGAAUUCAUCUUAUUCAAAACCAUUUAAUUGUAGUUGUACACAUGAUUUUACUGGUGAAUAUUGUGAAAUAAAAUUAGCACCAUGCACUAUUAAUCCAUGUAAACGUGGUCGUUGUAUAUCAACAGAUAAUAUCACUUAUGAAUGUGAAUGUGAACCAGGAUGGCGUGGUGAUCAUUGUGAAGAGAACAUUGAUUAUUGUUUAAUGAAUACAUGUUUAAAUGGUGGAACAUGUCAAGAUUUAGAUGGUCCAGGUUUUCAAUGUUUAUGCCCAGCUGGUUAUAAAGGAUCACAUUGUCAAUUAAGAUCACCAUGUAGUAAUUCAAAAUGUGUACAUGCAAUUCACUGUAAACAAUUAAUCCAAUCAAAGAAUGAAAUCAAUUAUGAAUGUUUAUGUCAACCUGGUUGGACAGGACAAUUUUGUGAUGAAAAUAUUGAUGAUUGUGUGGAUAAAUGUAAAAAUGGAGGAACUUGUCAUGAUCUUUUAGAUGAUUUCUAUUGUACUUGUCCAAUUGGAUUUGAAGGUAGAUAUUGUGAAAUUAAUCGUGAAUGUGCUAGUAGACCAUGUCAAAAUAAAGGAAUUUGUCAUGACAUUCCCGGCGGUUAUUUAUGUGAAUGUCCAAAUGGAUUUACUGGACAAAAUUGUGAAAUUUCAAUCAAUGGAUGUAAUCCAAAUCUAUGUCAAAAUGGUGCUUAUUGUUAUACUUUAUCAAACGGUUUCUAUUGUAAAUGUCCCGAAAAAUUUUAUGGACAAUUUUGUGAAUAUCAACGUCCAUAUUGUGGAGUAGAUGGUUGUGAUUUAUUAAUGGAUCCAUGUUUAACUAUACAUCAUGAUAAUAAUGGUUCGAUACAAUAUUUCUCUUCUUCUUCCUCCUCCUCCUCCUCCUCCUCAAUAAUAUCAUCACCUUCAGCAUUGAUUCUUGAACAUUCAAAUCUUAAUUCAAAUCAAUCAGACAUGGAUAAUUUAUUAAGAAGACAACAUGAAAUGAUCUAUCCAUAUAGUGGUGUAUGUGGUCAACAUGGUACAUGUAUUCAUGUAGAUCAUGAAAAUGAUUAUCAAUGUCUAUGUAGUACUGGUUAUCAAGGAAAAUAUUGUCAAGAAUUAAUUAAUUAUUGUGAAACAAUGCCAUGUAUGAAUAAUGCAAUCUGUGUUAAUAGUUUAGAAGGUUAUCAAUGUAUUUGUGAAGAAGGUUUUAGUGGUGUACAAUGUGAAAAUGCUAUUGAUUUAUGUCAACCAAAUCCAUGUCAAAAUGGUGGUUAUUGUCAGCCCACAUUAUAUCCAGGUGAUUUUCAAUGUCAUUGUGCACCAGGUUGGUCUGGUCGUUGGUGUGAAUUUCAAACAAAUAAUCCAUGUACAAUGGCUAAAAUUUGUUUUAAUAAUGGUCAAUGUUAUCAAGAUAAUUUAAGUCCUGGAUUAUUUAAAUGUGAAUGUGAUCAACAAUGGACUGGAACUGUUUGUCAGUUACGUCGACCUGAAAGCAGAGCGUGUAUACAAGAAAAUCUAUGCAAAAAUGGUGCAACAUGUGUUGAUUUAGGCAAUAGUUUCAAUUGUAUUUGCCGUCCUGGUUUCGAUGGUCAAUAUUGUGAAAAUGAUAUAAAUGAAUGUAAUUCAAUGCCAUGUUACAACAAUGGAACAUGUAAAGAUCUUGUUAAUUCUUUCGAAUGUGAUUGUCCUAAAGGUUUUAUCGGAACUGAUUGUAGAAUAAAUGUCAAUGAAUGUGCUUCAUAUCCAUGUUCAUUUGGAUCAACUUGUAUUGAUCGUGUUGGAACGUAUGAAUGUAUUUGUCCAGAACAACGAAAUGGUCGACAUUGUGAUGAAGUAAUCAUUGAAAUAGAACCUAAACCACCAGCAUGUAAUUUUUAUGGUCGAAUUUAUAAUCAUAAUGAUAAUUGGACUUAUAGUUGUCAACGAUGUCAUUGUAGUAAAGGACAAAUUAUAUGUACUGAUGAUUUUUGUGGUUAUUGGUCAUGUUUACAAAUAGCUGGACAAAAUGAUCGUUUUGCUUGUAAACCUGAUGAAAUUUGUCAUGUUUUAUCAUCUGGUUUAACUGCUAAUCAUAAUAAUCAUAAUAUUAAUGAUUGUUUUGUACCACCAUGUUAUUUACGUACAAUUUGUUUAAAUGCUAGCCGUCCAAUCACGGAACAACUGCAACAAUUAUUACCAAAUUUUCAUUUUAAACCAGCAUUACCUGGUUGUCGACCAAAUAAUUUUGUAUUAAAUAAUUAUUGUGCUAGAUUAUUGUUACAUUUUUCCAAAUUACGUAUGUCUUAUGCAACUACAGUGGAUGAUGUUUGUAAUGCUGUGAAAAGUUUACCAUCAUUAAAAAAAUAUAAUCUUCGUUAUGAUCAUAGUGGAACUAUUGAUAUCGGUGUAAGUUGUGAUAUAAAAGCUGAUUUCUCUUCUAUAGAACAACAUCAAAAUAUAAUUGAAGUAACACUUAGUUCAUUGAAUAAUCAAAUACAAAUUGGUUCAGAUGGUAAACAAUAUGCAUUUAUACAUGAAUUAGCUAGAAAUUUAUCAAAAGAAGCUUUAUUAAUUGCAUCAACUAAUUUAAAAUUACAUCAUACAAAUCAAAUUACUGCAGUGAAUAAUGCAAAUGAUGAUAACGACGAUGCCCCACUACCACCAAUGUCUAUGAUGUUAGGCACUGAACAGUUGAAUGAUUAUUGGCAUAGAAUUUUACUUGGUAUUAUUGAAAUUCAAGUUGAUACAAUGAUUGUUACUGAAAAUGAUUUUGGUUCACGUUUAUUAGUGCCUAUUGUAUGUGCUACAAUUUUAAUGAUUACAUUGAUUUGUAUCUUCUUGAUAUGGUGUUAUUCACAAAGAAAACGUCGUGCUCUACUUAUGAAGCAUACAACAGCAAUGAUACCAAACAAUGAAGAACCAUCAGCAGCUAAUUUAUUUCAAUAUUUAACAAACAGUAACAAUACUACUAGUAAUAAUGUAAUCACAAGUCAUUCCAACCUAAUUCACCCGAUUCAUGUAACUUCAUUGAAUCAAACAAAUAGAAACAAUUCAAAUUAUUCCCAACUACCACCAGGAUGUGAAUCAUUAUUACAGACAAGAAAAUGUUUAUCAUCCCAAUUGUCAAAUGUAAAUGGAAGAAGAAUAUUAGUUUGUAAUGAGAAUAAUAGUAAUAAUAAUAACAAUCUAACCAAUAGUAACAACAUAAGAUCAGGAUUGCGUACAUUCAAUACAAAUUGUAUAAAUAUGAAUAAAUCCAGUGGAUCAAUUAUCAUUUAA